AUGGCUUCUUCUUCAAACAAAAUAAUGAUUGCAACUUAUAUUUAUUUACCUGAUGAAUGUUGGGAAUUUGUCUUCAAAUUUCUCAUAGAGGACGAGUACUACAACCCUAAGUCUCUCUCACUCGUCUCCAAACAAUUCCUAUCCAUCACCAAUCGUCUCCAAUACUCACUCCUUGUCCGCGAGGAAGCAAGCUCUUUCAUGCUUCGCCGUCUCUUCCGUAGAUUCUCCAACCUCAACUCUAUCCACUUCCCUUACUAUACCAAUUGUAUCGACCAUCUUCUCAUUCAAAUUUCUCAAUUCUCAUUAAACAUCACAUCACUCAAUCUCUCCACUUAUCAAUCUGAAAUUUCAGCAAGUGGCUUGAUACCUUUUUCCCAAAAAAUUACAACAUUAACUUCACUCACCUGUUCGUUUCUCAAAUAUACUGACUUUAAUCUCAUUGCACAAUGUUUUCCUUUGCUUCAAGAACUCGACCUCAGUUUUCCUAAAAAAUGCAGUUACAGCAUCCUCGGUGAGCUACACCCACUUGAACCACUUUCAUUGGCACUUUUCAAACUCCGAAAAGUUAAUUUCACUGGUCAUAGCUAUAUAGACGAUCAAACGCUCUUCCUCUUGUUUAAGAACUGGAAGUUUCUUGAAGAGGCCAUCCUAUUUGACUGUUAUCGAUUAACCAACUCUGGUAUUGUUUCUGCUGUAGCUGAGAGACCAACACUGAGGUCUUUUUCCUUUACCAAUUAUUUUGAACCACAAGAUUGUUCAACUUUACCUCAAUUAGAGUCCCUUCGGCAGGCUCACAAUUCACGGUUGAGAGAUGAAAGAAUCAAAGUAUUUGCUUCCGUUUUCCCCAAUUUGCAGCUACUUGAUUUGAAUUUUUGCACUAACAUAUCUGAAGAAGGUAUUUUUCAUAUUUUAAGGAGAUGUUGUAAGAUUAAACAUUUGAAUUUAUUCAGCUGUUUGAAAGUUAAGCUACUUGGAAUGAACUUUGAAACUCCCAAACUAGAGGUGUUAAACUUGUCACAUACACCCGUUGAUGACGAGACACUCUAUGUGAUUUCAAAGAAUUGUCGUAGGCUUUUGCAACUGUUGGUGGAACAUUGUAAUGAUGUCACUGGUAAGGGAGUGAAACACGUGUUAGAAAACUGCUCGCAAUUGAAAGAGAUCAAUUUGAGAGGUUGUCUUAAAGUGCACAAAGAUCUUUUUCCCUCAUUGGUAUUUUCAAGACCAUCCUUGAGAAAGAUAAUUGUUCCGGUUCAUUAUCUUUUCAGCGACAAAGAGUUGAAACUCAUGUCACGACAAGGAUGUCUUUUCUGCAAGUAA